GCCGCCAUAUAGCUGGAAUAUUGCUGAAUGCGGCGUAAUACUAAACUCACUCACUCACCCUCUGGUCGGUGGGGGUAUCCUGUAGUCGGAAACUGAGCUUCAUAAUCUAGCCAUAUAUGUGUCUGUAUUUGAGCUGGUUAUACAGGCAGUUGUACUGGAUGUUAAAUGCUUAUCUUUUAGCAAAAAUAAAGCGUAAUUUUAGCAGUCUAUUUUACCAGAAUGACGGUAAGGUGAUGCAAUUUGAUCUGCAGAGUUAUGUCCCUUUUGUUGUUCUGACAUCACCGUUUGUGUGUUUCACGGAAACGCCUUCUGAACACCUGUGAGAUCCUCACCAAGCUGGUGUUGAGAGACGACCCGAAUCUUGUUGUAUGACAGUGUUUUUCGAGGAGGUAUACACAUGUUGGACAGAUGCAACUUGACAUGUGUCAAGAUCCAGUCCAAGCUACCAGUGGUGUCAUCAACCAGUGCCAAGGUCGUAAUGGACGGGACUUUAGUAAUGUUUGUCGAGUAUCCGUGCGAGUCAAGACCGUGUGAGAACAGCGGCGUGUGUGGGGGACAUGGGACCACUAACUAUACAUGCACCUGUAUUGAUGGCUACUUUGGGAAGAACUGUGAAAAGUCAGUUUGUACAACAUUGUACAGAGCACUUAACAAUUUCAACUUGUGUGGGGUGUUCACAAGUUCUGGUGUUUGUAUUGGUAAAAUCGCCAACGGGGAGCUGUGUCAAUGUCCAGAUACCCACUGGGGCCCUCUUUGUAACCUGCCUACUCAAGGCGAGAACAAAACCCUGACACUAUGCCAAAGACAAAAACAACUUUUCAGCACGACUGUCAAGCUCAUCAACGAUUCCGACUUUACAGACAAUUCCAUUUCUCUUUUACGCACCCUCACUGAUAUCUCGCGCCUGAAGUCCGUGCUUCACGAGAUGAACCUGUCGUAUCUGCCGGUGCGCACGUGCACGUCUGACGGUAGCUUUGCCGCCUCACAGUGUGACGUCAGCAUUGAUGACCUUGCUACCUGGAAAUGUUACUGUACAGAGACGGGGGUGGCGUUAUGCAAGGUCACGAUAGGGUCAAGGACGUCCUCAAACAGAAGCUGUGAAUGUGACUGUGAGUACUGGCAGUGCAUCCAAUGGAAAUUAGUUGAUAACGCAAAAUUCAAACACUUUCCUGUUUUUUGAACAAAUGACGUCAGUGUUUUGGCGUAUGUGCACGACUUGUGAAUCCAUCUAGCGGAUCUGCAUAAAAUGUGCGCACAGGUUUUUAAGUAAAUCUAUCCAUUAACGCAUGAUAUAUUAUAUUCUCAUGCAAAUUAUCAAUAAUAUUUUCAUUAGCAUAAACGUCGAAAAGCGCUCUAAUUUAAGGCAAACACCGCCCACUCUACUCUCAGCCAGUCAGUGAACGAUAGUCUAUUUGUGGGCGUGGUUUGUUUCUCAGGGUUAUGGAAACAUGAUCACUAAAUAAAGUGCUUGGUUAGCCUGUCGAAUUACAUGUCUUCAACUGCAAUGCGUUUACCUUGAAUUAUAAAAUACCAAUCUGGAAUAGAAUAUACAACAGAUGAGUGCCUGACAUCUUGUGUGUGUUGAUGUUUUGUUGAUGUCUUGGUUUGUGAAGUGAAGUCCAUGAGCGUUUGUGUCUGCGUGUGUUUGCGUGCGCUUUCAUACCAGUACUUCGUUUUACUUUCUUACCUUGCUCGAACGUUUUUGCGUGCGCUUUGAUUCCAGCACUUCGUUUUCCUUUAUCACCUUGCUCGAACGUGUUUGAGUGCGCUUUAAUACUAGCACUUCGUUUUACUUUCUCACCUUGCUCGAACGUGUUUGAGUGCGCUUUAAUACUAGCAUUUCGUUUUAUUUUCUCACCUUGCUCGAACGUGUUUGAGUGCGCUUUAAUAAUAGCACUUCGUUUUACUUUCUCACCUUGCUCGAACGUGUUUGAGUGCGCUUUAAUAAUAGCACUUCGUUUUACUUUCUCACCUUGCUCGAACGCGUUUGAGUGCGCAUUAAUAAUAGCACUUCGUUUUACUUUCUCACCUUGCUCGAACGUGUUUGAGUGCGCUUUAAUACUAGCCCUUCGUUUUACUUUCUCACUUUGCUCGAACGUGUUUGAGUGCGCAUUAAUAAUUGCACUUCGUUUUACUUUCACACCUUGCUCGAACGUGUUUGAGUGCCAUUUAAUAAUAGCACUUCGUUUUAUUUUCUCACCUUGCUCGAACGUGUGUUUUAAUGCGCUUUAAUAAUAGCACUUUGUUUUACUUUCUUACCUUGCUCGUACGUGUGUUUGCGUGCGCUUUAAUAAUAGCACUUCGUUUUACUCUCUGAAAUUGCUUGUAAAGAUAAAAGCUGUGCUUUUUUUCUAUUUUACUUGGACUAAUUUGAAAGGUAUAUAGGAUAUUUUGUUGUAGUAUAAAUCACAAUACAAGUUCGAUGUAUAAAGUGGACACGGUUACAGUCAUAUUGGAAUACAAAACGGUUUCUUUAUGCUGUUAGUUACAGUUAAGAGUCAUAAAGCGGAAUUACUACCUGCAGACAGUUGCAAGGGAAAACUUUUAAUUAUGUGGACAUUCAUAAUAAAGUUGCCAUAAGCUGUAUCUAUUUAUUUGUUAAAUAUAAUAUUUGAUCUGUCUGAACACAUCUUGUAUCCGUAGAAGUCAAAUCUUGUAUUUUCUGUUUUACAUGGCAAAAUCACACGGAGAGAUUGAACCAUGGGGAAAGUGGUCACUUCCUCAUAGAGACAGAUGUGAUGACGUCACUCCGGUCAUUCAAACGGCGAGCCUCAUGAAGUCCAGGGUGGGGAUAAUGGUCUGCGAACUUGUCCGAUCAGUUUACACUACAUGUGUGAACAAUGCAUUUUGAACAUGGAUGGUGAUUACAGGAUUACCGAGUAAAUGAAUGAAACACGA